AUGGCUCGCCAAGAGACGUUACGUAGUAGAGGAGAAGAGACUGCGGGAGAGAGAGCAGUCGACGAGCGGUCGCCACUGUUGUCGCGAAAUCGAAGAGAAUCAAGUUCGUCAGAGGUCGAUGAGGCGUACGUUGACGUUGAGCGUACCGCACCCGCUUGUGCCGAUAAUGAUACCGAGACGAAAUCCCAGGGCACGCCGGCCUCGGCUGUCAUCAAGAUCGUAGCGAUCCUGCUGGUUGGGACAUUUACCGCAAACGCCGAUGGCUCUUUGGUUAUGGCCACACAUCCGACGAUUGCUUCAGAAUUCGACGACCUUGAAAAUUCGAGUUGGCUGUUUGUGGCAUUCGCGCUUGCUGGCGCGGCAACACAGACUUUGUAUGGCAAGCUGAGUGACAUCUAUGGCCGCCGUGCCUUGCUAAUGGUGGCAUAUUUGUUGUUUGCCGUUGGAUGUGCCGUGGUUGGUGUUGGUGGUACCAUGUGGCAAGUUGUGGUCGGCCGGGUGGUCUCUGGAUCUGGCGGCUCGUCAUUGAACGUGCUUGGCUUGCUCCUCAUCACAGAUCUUGUGCCUCUGCGCGAUGUUGCUGCCUGGCAAGCCGGACUCAACCUCGCUGCCACGGUUGGCCGUAGUCUCGGUGGUCCUCUCGGGGGUUGGCUUGCAGACACUAUCGGCUGGCGCUGGUCAUUCCUUGGGCAGGCUCCUAUCUUUCUACUCGCCGUCGUGCUUUGCUGGCUCUUCCUUCCGAAGGGAAUGCCUAGCUCCACACAUCAAGUUGAAACGGAAGACUCAAAACCCGAGGAUCCAAAGAAGAGCCCUCUCGCAAGAAUCGACUUCCUGGGGGCCGGGCUGUUGGCCCUCUUUAUCCUCGCGUUUCUGCUCCCUAUAGAAAUCGGCGGAACUAAAGUACCAUGGAACCAUCCCCUCAUCUUCAUCUUCUUUGGUGCUGCAAUUGUCCUUGGUGGCCUUUUCGCAGCGACAGAGCAAUGGUGGGCCAAGGAGCCCAUCUUCCCACUGGAGAUUCUGAAGCAUCGUGACGUCGUACUUACCUACUUCAUCACCGGUGCUCAGGUCGCGGCCCAACUCGGUCUCAUGUUCUCCGUACCUUUGUACUUUCAGGUCACAAAAAGAGUGUCGAACACCGUCGCGGGACUCCAUCUCUUCCCCGCAGUCGCCGGUAAUGCUAUUGGCGGUAUCAUGGCUGGAUAUCUGAUCAAGAAAACGGGUCGCUACAAGUAUCUUCUUGUUCUUGCGACACUUGCGUCAUCACUAUCAUACGUUCUCCUUCUUCUCCGAUGGCAUGGCGACACGAACGUCUGGGAGUCAUUGUACAUCUUGCCUGGAGGACUAGGCGCAGGUCUGGUGCAGUCAGCUGGUUUCAUUGCCGCACAAGCCGGAGUCAACCCGAAGCACAAGGCCGCCAUCACUUCGGGCAUAUUCUUGACUGUCCAGAUCGGCAUGAUCAUCGGGCUUUCUAGCGUCAGCGCUGUUAUGAUGGAAACUAUGAGAUGGAGGCUGGAGGAGCUGUUGAAGGGGAUGGGUCUGGAUGCGCUUGUGCGCAAGACGAUUAUCCAGAAGGCGACCUCGAAUGUCGAUUUCAUUGACCGCACUGACAGCCACAUCGCACAAGCCGUUGUGCAAGCGUCAUUUUAUGACGAUAAUUCACAGACGUGGGUUCGCAUAUCUCUCGAUAUGGCCAACAUGAUUAAGAGAGUUAUGAUGUAUGACGGCGGAGACGUCGAACGCAUCCAGGUCCGCAUUCCCGCACACCCUGACAGCUCUGAUGCAACAAUGCCACUGUCCCGCUUGGAGCUCCCGGAGCCUUGUAUGAACUGCCGCUCUCCAUAUCACUGGACCCAGGAUUGCCAGGAUGCCUGUGGCCACUGCGGCCAGCCCUGGCACGCCUCUUACGACUGCGAGAGCAUACCGCGCAACCGCUGCAAAUGUCGCCCCUACCCGCAACGGCAUCUUGUCAAGAAAUGCGAGGUUUUUUGCACAAAAGAGUGCCCAAAGACUGAGAAGGACGAGCCAGGGAGUGAAUAUCACCGGAAUGCGAUCAUGUGCAAGGCCCGGUGUUGCAUGUGUGGUCUCCUCGGCCAUGCAGGGCGCGACUGUCAUCUGAAGGAAUGUCGCUGCGGUCGCGAUCACUUGACAAUCUCUCACGACCCCGAGAAGAGGAAGUGCGUGGUGGAAGAUUGCCCGCGCUGGUUUUGCACCAAGCAUUGCCAGAAGCCGGAGUGUAGGGUGGAACUGAAGUCGUUGAGAGCAGAGACGUGCCAUUCUUGCGGUGCAGACCAGGAAAAGAUAUUCUCGGACAGAGAUCCUAGCUGGUAG